AUGGUGGCUAAGGGAACUUCUCUUCUCUUCUCGUCCUCACUUUUCCACCAGAAGGUGUUGAUACAGGAAACACAUAACACUCAAGGUGCAGUGCAUGCACUAAAGGAAAACAUAAUAACCAACCUUUCUAAAGUAGGAAUCAAGAUCGAAAACGAUUGA